AUGGAGUCAGACCCGGCUUUAACGCCUGGGACAAACCUCCAGAUAACUCCGGGCUCCGCUAAUCAAGGCCAGCCUCGGAACAGAAUUCGCUUCUCGUGCACCAAAUGUAGAGAGAAAAAAUUGAAAUGCAACCGCGAAACGCCCUGUAACCAAUGCGAAAAGCGAGAUAUUGGGGAAACAUGCGUUUAUAUCCCUUAUGCCCGAUCUAAAACCGGCACAGACAUUACAAGUGCAGCGAAGCCAUCUUCAUCACAACCAACACACCAGAUCUCUCACCACCCUGACCAGGCCGGCCAAGGUGGAAAUACCGGGGCUGGAAACCCCGGCGUUGGAAAUAAUACUGCCCUGCUGUUUAGACUGCGCCACUUGGAGCGUCUCGUUCAUGUCCUCAAGGCAAAAAGUUCCAGCGAUGUGAACCAUUCGGGUUCAAAUCAAUCUGCCUUAGGCGGAAACCAAAAGUCCGAUGAGGAAUCGUCGGGCGAAGAUGGCAUUCCGGGUAGCGCUACAGCUGGGCCCAUGUUUGGCCAAAGCCGUUAUGUAGAGUUUGGUAACUGGGAGGCCAUCCUCGAUGAAAUUACCGAACUCACAGAAGACUUGCGGGUGUCUGAUGACAAUGUCGAGUCACACCGGACAUAUGUAGGCGCGCCUGUGCCCUCGGGCUUUGCAGAAGGCCCAGUCCUUCUCAUGGGUGCCUGGCCUCGUGCCUCAUACUCUGACCUGCUGUCCUGUUUGCCCGCCCGAAAUGUGGUAGAUCAACUUACAAGCCAUUUCUUCCAGGCUAAAGAGCCAGCAUGGAUGAUGUUUCAUAUCCCUACCUUCUUGAGGCGCUAUGAUGAGUUCUGGAAAACUCCGGAGCAGUUUUCUUUCUCGUGGCUGGCUCUCUUGUUUACUAUGAUGAGCCAUGGGACACUGUUCUGUCUUCUUGGCGACAUUGAGGCCCCCGAGAGCCUAGGCGAUCCUCUAGAGAUUGUUGACAAGUACCGUUCCUUGGCGGCACACUGCCUCGUUCUCGGUGACUACACAAAGCCCGACAAGUACAAAAUUGAGGCUUUGCUUCUCUAUACCGGCAUUGAACACUUUAAGCAGCCCGAUGCCCGGCGUGGGACUUCCAUGGUUUCUACCAUCGCCUGUCGCCUUGCUAUUCACAUGGGUUUGCACCGGGACCCCAAGCACUUCAGGGGAAUUUCGCCUUUUGAAGGAGAAAUGAGGCGUAGGGUGUGGACUGUAGUGCUCGAAGUUGAUCGCCACGUUUCGUAUCAAUUCGGCCUCCCUUGCAAUAUUCAAACGCGGCUGUGUGACACGGAGCCGCCGCGUAACCUUCACGAUGAAGAUUUCAACGAGUCCACCGUCGAGAUGCCCCCAUCUCGUCCAGAAACUGAGCAGACCCGUACUCUCUACAGCAUAGUGAAGCGUCGACUGCUCGAAAUUUUCGCCGAAAUAUUUGAAACGGCGCAUCUACUACCACGGUACUCGCAGAUAUUGGAGCUGGACAGGAGAUUGGAAGAGUUGCACGAUUCCAUGCCGGUGAUUUUUGCAAUGCGCUCCUUCCGACAAAGCAUGGGUGACUCGAUCUACUUGGCCAUGCAGCGAUACUGGCUUGACCUAGUCUACCAAAAAGCGCGAUGCGUCUUGCACCGGCGCUUUAACCGGUUUCCCAAAUCGCGCUGGGCCUGCGUAGAUGCGGCCGUCAAAAUCAUGCGCCAUCAAUAUGACGUACAUGUCGAGAUGCAGCCAGGAGGCCGCCUCGCCCGCGAGCGUCUGUUUAUAUCGAGUCUGUACACGCACGACUUUCUUCUUGCCAACAUGGUUCUUUGCGCCGAGUUAUCUCAGGCUAUGAAGGCCGACUCGGAAUCCUCUUUCACGCCCGAUGGAUCAACGGGGUCUCCUGACGACAGAGACAGAAGAGGAUCUCGCUCAGCACCUUGUAUGGCCAAGGAGAAUCUGUUGGAGAUUCUUCGCACAUCCCGAGACGUGUGGCAGACCACCCGCCACGAAUCCUCAGAGGCCGAUCGCGCGUUCAAGAUCAUUUCCCGCAUGCUGACAGUUGCCACCGGGACCUUGUUCGGGUCGAGCCCGGACUCGACUGGCAGUGAUGCCCGCGAGGCCGGAGAGCGGCUGAAGAGCGAGCCACCGACGGGCCCUCCAGUGUUUGACGAGAAUUUCUACAACUCGCCCGGUGCACUUGGUCAGAAUGUCGGGCAUUUGGGACCGGACAGCUUGGUUCAGGACGCAAGGGGUCUCGAUCCUCUGGCUGGGCUUCUCCCACAGCAACAAUGGGGUCCACAUCGCCUCGAAAGUGACUAUGGCAGAGAUUGGACGGUAUCAGCACAGCUUGGGGGCACGAUACAACAUGAUUUCGAAGGGAUGCUGUAUCCGGGUGCUGAUCUGAAUUGGCCUAAGAUUGGAAAAAUGGAGGUUUUUGACGACGAAGACUCGUGGGAGGCCAAGGCCAAAGCCAAGAGGGCCAGCAUCCUCGCCGCAAUCCCGCGCAAAUGGAUACUGACUCCGGAGCAGCUCGCCCAAGUCUCGCCGCCUCAGCGACGUGACGUGGUACAGUACGCUCGGCGCGAGUUUCUUACCGCCGAAGAGCGCGAGAUCACCGAGAUGGAUGCCGUGGCCGUGGUCAACGCCAUACGCAGCCGCAGCUUGACGGCCGAGAAAGUCACUUUGGCGUUUUGCAAGGCAGCGGCGAUUGCGCAUCAAAUUUGCAACUGUUUGCUGGAAGUGUUUUUCGACCUGGCACUGGAACGCGCAAGACAGCUCGACAAGUACCAAGAUGAAAAUAAUGGCCGUGCAGUAGGACCCUUGCAUGGCUUGCCUGUUAGUCUCAAAGACCAGUUUCACGUUAAAGGCGUAGAAACGACCAUGGGCUACGUCGGAUGGAUUGGCAGUAACUUAGGGUAUCCUGAUGCGCGCGGCAAACACGAGGUGCAGAGCCAGACGGUCGACGAGCUUGAGUCCCUAGGGGCUGUGAUGUAUUGCAAGACGAGUGUGCCGCAGACACUCCUGUAUGCCGAGACCGAGAAUAACAUUAUUGGCCGGACCGUGAACCCUCACAAUAUGAUACUAUCCUCGGGUGGCUCCUCUGGGGGCGAGGGUGCGCUUAUAGCACUUGGAGGCAGUACCAUGGGUGUUGGGACAGAUAUUGGAGGCUCUGUGCGCAUCCCCGCUGGGUUCUGUGGCUUAUUUUCUCUCAAGCCUACUCCUGAACGUCUUUCCUAUCGCACCGUCGCCAACGCUACGCCAGGACAGACCACGUAUCGCUCCGCGGUGGGAUAUAUGGGCACGUCAGUCGACGGACUGAAUCUCAUGCUGAAGUCGGUGCUCUCGACCAAACCUUGGAUCAAAGAUCCCGCCGUGGUGCCUUUGCCAUAUAGAGAGGGUGUAAUGCGUGAUUACCUCGGCCGUCUACCAUCGCAGGGGAAACCGUUGAAGCUCGGCAUUCUCUGGAGAGAUAGGAUCAUUGAGCCGCAUCCUCCUGUGACUAGAGCAAUAACGAUGGUAUAUGAUGCUUUGAAGAGGGCAGGACACAAGACCGUUGACUGGUGCCCCCCUUGCCAUAAAAACGGAUAUUACAUGCAUCUUAAUUUCCUAUACUCGGACGGACGGGAAGAUAUGCAUCGUCAUCUCAAGACGUCAGGCGAACCUCUUCUUCCGCUAAUUAAGCGGUAUUCAGGCCUGAAAAAUCCCAUGUCACUGCUCUCCUUCCAAGACCUUGUCUUGAGGGCUCUGAAGUACGAGGAACAAUAUGCAGACUAUUGGAGGUCAACAGCCGAAGAAGAUGGACAAGAAGUUGACGCCAUUAUUGCACCCGUCUGUCAGAGUGCUGCCGUGAUACCAGGCAAGCUGUACUCCUCUGGUUACACUGAAAUCUUCAACCUUUUGAACUAUAGCGUGGCGGUAAUCCCCGUGACCAAGGCCAACAAAGACAUCGACGUUCGGCAUGACAGAUACAAGCCAAAGAUUGGGCUGGAUGAAUUGAACUGGGAGUCUUACGACCCUGAAAUCUACCAUGGGGCGCCGGUCGGAAUACAGGUCGUGGGCAAGAAAUUCGAGGAAGAAAAGGUGCUUGCUAUUGCGCAUCAUGUUCAUCAGGCGCUGCAGGCAUCCGAGGAAUCAAAGCCCAACUCUCGGCUCUAG